ACAGGCAAAGCAAAUUGACUCUUCUCCCUCCUUUUUCUAUCUCUCUCCUUGCGAGUUUCUCUGCUUCUUGUUUUUCUUCAAAUCAUUCGCAGAGAAAAAAGAGAAAAAAAAAAUGGGGUUCUUCUCGUUUCUGGGUCGUGUCUUCUUCGCUUCCCUCUUCAUCUUAUCGGCAUGGCAGAUGUUUAAUGAAUUUGAUGCCACUGGUGGACCCAUUGCAAAGGAGUUGAUUCCGAAGCUCAAUGUUUUGAGGGGAAAUUUGGCGUCGAAAUUGGGGGUUGCGAUACCACAAUUGGAUGUUCGCCAACUCAUUGCCACUAUCAUUUUUCUAAAGGGGGUUGGAGGGAUUCUAUUUGUGUUUGGAAGCACAUUUGGAUCUUUUCUUCUGCUUUCGCAUUUGGCACUUACUACUCCAAUUCUGUAUGACUUCUAUAACUACUCGCCUAAAAGGCCCGAAUAUAGCUUACUACUGAAUGAUUUCAUUCAGAACAUAGCACUCUUUGGUGCAUUGCUAUUCUUUAUAGGGAUGAAGAAUUCAAUUCCAAGGAGACAACUCAGGAAGAAGAACCCAAAACCCAAGACAAAUUAGAAACUUAGAAAACGGAAAAAUGUAUGUUUCCAGAGAGAACAGGCUGUCACAUUGCUGAAUUGCAGCUUUUUUGGGAUAGAUUUCUUUAUUAAAACCCUUUUUUGGAUUAUUAAUUGUUUUGUCAGAUGCCACAUGAUUUGAUUAUGAAUAUGCCUUAGAUUUCCUUUAUGACCCUAUUGUACUUGGGGUGAGUUCUUGUGCUAUGAGUAGAUGCUAAGAAAAGUUAUGGUUGGGUUUGCUUGUCAAUCAAGUUUCAGAGUGCUACGUAUACUUCCACCAGUUUGUUAGAAGGUUAAAUUUCCAAGAGGAGUCAUGAUCAUAGUUACAUUUAAAUGUUGCUCAGUUCAAUUUAUUUUUUAUAUCAUAUUACAUUACAUUUCAUUA